AUGCAAACAUUAUUUAGGGGAACAAUAUUAGGAGUUCCAGCAGCAGGUAAAGGAACAAUAUCUAAAAAAAUAAUAGAAAAUUUUGAUAUUGUACACGUAUCAACCGGAGAUUUAUUUAGACAAAAGAUAGAAAAAUCGGAUUCAGUGGGAAAAGCUGUUGCUAAAUAUAUUUCCGAUGGUAAACUCGUACCUGACGUAUUCGUUGUUGACAUUAUAUUAAGUAAAAUAAAAGAAGAAUUAUAUGAUAAAAAUUUCCUUCUCGAUGGUUUUCCAAGAACAAUAAAACAAGCGGAAAAACUAUUUAUGUCGUUCCCGUUAACAAUAGCAAUUAAUUUAAUUGUACCACUUGAAGAGAUACUUAAAAGAGCCGAAGGACGACUUGUACACGUUCCUAGUGGAAGAAUUUACAAUAUCAUUUUUCGUCCACCUAAGGUUGCAGGAAAGGAUGAUGUUACAGGGGAACCAUUGUUAAGGAGACCCGAUGACGAACCGGAAAAAAUUCACGAAAGGUUAAAGAUUUAUUAUGAAAAUACACAACCACUUGUUGAUUAUUUUAAAAAAAAAGGAAUAUUAAAAAAUUUUGAUGGGACUUCAAGUGAUAAAAUGUGGGAAAACAUUAAUAAAGAAAUAUUAAAACAAUUAAAACCUAAAUCGUGA